UUAAAUUUCUGUUAUCCAACGGCUGUUUUAUUUUAAUUUCCUUCCCACAAAUCCUCUGCUUUUCUUUUCUCACUCUUAGCUUUGUUUAAGGAAGUUCAUGAUUAAUAGAUACAGACACAGCUCACACAAAACCAGUUAUACAAUAGUUUCAAUCUUCUUCUCUUCUUCCCUAAUAGAGAAAAGGAAAAGCAGAAGAGGGAAAGCAAAAGAAAAGGAGAGGCAUAGCUUCUUCCUUCAAUUUCAAGUCUCUUUCUGUGAAGAUGAAUGAUUCUUUAAAUUUGUACAAACUUGAGGUUUCUCAGAUUCCCUUCACUUUCAUUUCCUUUCCUGGAAAAUCGAUUCUCGUCGCAACCCUUAAAACCAACAUUAUCUUAUCCCUCUUCCUCCAAUCGCAAUCCCCAUGAAAAUUUCCCAAGAAAAUAUGCCACCUUUCGUUUUCCUAGCACUCUUGUUUCUCGUCGUCACUGCCUCUGCCUCUACUCUCAUUACCGACUUCCACGCGUUAAUCGAGUUGAAAAACGGCUUUGAAUCCCCUUCACCGGUUUUAAGUACUUGGAAUUCUUCGAAUCCAACCUCGGUUUGUUCAUGGGUUGGAAUCAAAUGCCUGAAAGGAAGAGUCGUUUCUCUCGAUUUAACCGAUAUGAAUCUCUACGGCUCUGUUUCCCCUGUUUCCUCUGUUUUCUUGAGCCUAGAUAAGCUCACUGACCUUUCUCUAGCUGGAAACAAUUUCACCGGGGAAAUAAAGAUAGAAAAUUUGAGCAGUCUCCGUUCGUUGAACAUAUCGAACAACGCAUUCGAUGGGGGAUUGGAUUGGAACUACUCGAGUCUGGAAAAUCUGGAGGUGUUCGAUGCAUACAACAAUAACUUCACUGAUUCACUUCCUCUUGGGAUUUCUAGUCUGGAGAAGCUGAGGUACUUGGAUUUGGGAGGAAACUAUUUCUUCGGGAAAAUCCCGGAAAGUUAUGGGAAUCUGGUUUCCCAGGAGUACUUGUCACUGGCUGGAAAUGAUCUCCAAGGGAAAAUCCCAGGUGAGCUGGGAAAUCUCACUAACUUGAGGGAAAUUUAUCUGGGCUAUUACAAUGUGUUUGAAGGUGGAAUCCCAAAGGAAUUUGGAAAGUUGGUGAAUCUAGUCCACAUGGAUAUCUCGAAGUGCGAACUGGACGGUCCGAUUCCUCGCGAGCUGGGGAGUUUGAAUUCCCUCGACACGCUGUUCUUGCACACAAACUUGCUCUCCGGUUCAAUACCGAAGGAGUUGGGAAACCUCACAGGCCUAGUGAAUCUUGAUCUUUCCAUCAAUGCACUAACUGGGGAAGUCCCAAGUGAGCUUGUCAAUCUCCAACAACUAAGGCUCGUAAACCUCUUCAUGAACCGGUUGCACGGCUCCAUACCGGACUUCUUCGCCGCUUUUCCCAGGUUGGAGACUCUCCAGCUGUGGAUGAACAACUUCACGGGCACGAUUCCCGAGAAUCUCGGAGCAAACGGGAACCUCCAGACGCUGGAUUUGUCGACGAACAAGCUCACCGGUACUGUCCCUCCAAACUUGUGUGCCUCAAACCAACUUAGGAUUUUGAUUCUCCUAAAAAACUUCCUGUUCGGCUCGAUUCCUGAGGGCUUAGGGAAAUGCUUUAGCCUUGUUAGAGUGAGGCUGGGGCAGAAUUUCUUGAAUGGUAGCAUUCCUGAUGGCUUCAUCUACUUGCCUCAGCUAAAUUUACUUGAAUUGCAAGACAAUUAUUUGUCAGGCAAUUUAUCUGAAAACGGUAAUAGUGCUUCGGUACCCGCGAAACUAAGCGAGCUGAAUCUGUCGAACAAUUUUCUUUCGGGGUCUCUACCGUUUUCGCUAUCGAAUUUCUCCUCCCUGCAGAACCUCCUGCUAGGCGGAAACCAAUUCUCCGGUCCGAUUCCACCGUCCAUAGGACAACUCCAAGUGCUAAAGCUAGACCUUAGUGGGAAUUCCCUUUCCAGUGAAAUUCCAGUGGAAAUAGGAAACUGUUUCCACCUAACAUACCUAGACUUGAGCAGCAACAAUCUCUCCGGUCCCAUCCCACCCGAAAUCUCCAAUAUCCGAAUCUUGAAUUACUUGAACUUAUCGAGAAACCACUUCACUAACGCCAUACCCAAAUCAAUUGGCUCCAUAAAAAGCCUCACAAUCGCGGAUUUCUCCUUCAAUGAUCUCUCGGGAGACCUACCCGAAUCAGGCCAAUUCGCGUUCUUCAAUGCCUCUUCAUUCGCGGGUAAUCCUCUGCUCUGUGGAUCAUUGCUAAACAACCCUUGCAAUGUCACUGCCACCACAAGAACACAGAAAAAGGCCUCUGAGGAAUUCAAGCUGGUUUUUGCCCUUGGCCUGUUGAUUUGCUCUCUAGUUUUCGCGGCUGCUGCCAUAAUCAAGGCCAAGACAUUCAAGAAAGGCGGUUCUUCUUCUUCUUCUUGGAAAAUGACUGCAUUCCGAAAGCUCGAGUUCACGGUAUCAGACGUCCUUGAAUGCAUGAAAGAUGGGAAUGUGAUUGGGAGAGGAGGCGCUGGGAUUGUCUACCACGGAAAAAUGCCUAAUGGGACUGAAAUUGCUGUCAAAAAACUUCUUGGUUUUGGUCGUAGCCACAGUCACGAUCACGGUUUCCGAGCCGAGAUUCGAACUCUGGGCAACAUCAGGCACAGAAACAUAGUGAGGCUACUGGCAUUUUGUUCAAACAAGGAGACCAAUUUGCUUGUGUACGAGUACAUGAGAAAUGGGAGCUUGGGGGAGGCCUUGCACGGGAAGAAGGGAAGUUUUCUGGGGUGGAAUUUGAGGUACAAAAUCGCUCUGGAAUCAGCCAGGGGCCUCUGCUACCUCCACCACGAUUGCUCGCCGCUGAUCAUCCACCGCGACGUCAAGUCCAACAACAUACUGUUGAACUCGGCAUUUGAAGCCCAUGUGGCGGAUUUCGGGUUGGCCAAGUUCUUGGUGGACGGCGGCGCGUCCGAGUGCAUGUCAGCUAUUGCCGGAUCUUAUGGCUAUAUUGCCCCUGAAUAUGCAUACACCUUGAGAGUAGACGAAAAGAGCGACGUAUACAGCUUUGGAGUUGUUCUCUUGGAGCUCAUUACAGGGCGACGGCCAGUGGGUGAGUUCGGAGAAGGCGUGGAUAUCGUGCAAUGGACCAAGAAAACAACAAACUGCGGUCGGAGAGAAGAAGUCAUUCGGAUUGUCGAUCCGAGGCUUUUAACCACGGUGCCACAAGACGAGGCAAUGCACUUGUUCUUCAUUGCCAUGUUAUGCAUCCAAGACAACAGCGUAGAGCGACCCACGAUGAGAGAGGUCGUUCAAAUGCUAUCAGAGUUCCCUCGCCUAUCCCCGGAAACCCAGUCCUCAUCUUCCGCCAUCUUUUGUCAAAAGUCGAAGAACAUCGAGAAAGAGAAAAAUGGCACAAAGCCUUGAAGCGAUCUUUUGGUUUAUGGAGCCUUGAGUUUUAGGGUUCUCUAUUAUUUUUUUUUUAACUCUUAAUGAGUUUAUUUUGUUAUGACCUUGUCAUGUGCAAAGUUUUUUUUUUUUUUCUUUCCCUAUAGUUUCUUCUCACUUAGGCUUAUGCAUAGGAAAUUUGGAGUUCCAUACAAAGUAGGAAUAACUGGAUUUGUGGUGCAUUUUGUUAGGUAGAGAGCUUUUGCUAACUUAAAGAAGUCAGGCCAUGCUCUUGUAUAAUAUUCAUGAUGUCAUAUUCGACUACUUUGUUUUGUGUUUUUGUAAUUUCAGCAGGCAUUUGUAUGCAUAUUAAAGUGAAGUACUAUCCUUAUUUUUUUGUCAAGAAUUGAA